GCGAUAUGGCGGCAUUCAGAGUGGGUCUGUUGACCCGAGCUCUUUCUAAAGGAAAAACACGAGUAAUCUCUAAUAUUAUGCUUGGAGCAAGAGCAGCCUCUGGUGUUUCUCAAGGCAUGCUGCCCGGCCCGUACCCCAAAACCCCUGAGGAAAGAGCUGCAGCAGCCAAGAAAUACAACAUGACGCUGGAAGAUUACCAGCCGUAUCCUGAUGAUGGCUCUGGGUAUGGUGACUACCCCAUGCUACCGAACAGAUCACAGCAUGAAAGAGACCCGUGGUAUCAGUGGGACCAUCCUGAUCUGAGGAGAAACUGGGGAGAACCCAUGCACUGGAACUUUGACAUGUUCAUCAGGAACAGGGUGGACACGUCUCCGAGCCCUGUGGACUGGAGGACCAUGUGUAAACACCUGCUGGGGUUCGUAGGCUUCAUGAUGUUGAUGUUCGGUCUAGGCGAGGUGUUUCAUGCCUACCAACCCGUGGCACCUAAACAAUAUCCCUUCAACAACCUGUAUUUGGAGAGAGGAGGAGACCAGAAAGAACCAGAACCUGUUAAACAUUAUAAAAUCUAAUGAUAUAAACCUCUCUGCUCUAUAACUAAUGUAUAUCUGUGUCUAAUAAAGUUCAACUUAAAUGUU